UCGUUCGCUGGGCCCGUCGUGAAAGGAAGUGAUUAAUUAUGAUAGAUUUCGCAUCCCGCGGGCAAUAAAACACGGGUCCGAAUAUUUAAGAUACGGCGGAAAAAGGUGGAGGAAGUAGAACCAAAGUGUAGUAAAAUACGGUCUCCACCCACCUCCACCUCGGCUUCCGGAUAACGAACGGGGCGGAAGGGCUCUAUGUCUUAGGAGAGAAAAAUGCUAUAGACAUAACGCAUAUUUAAGAAGCUGCGUGAAAAGGCUGCUAACAUGUACCUCCCGCUUCCUGCAAGAUAAACUUGCCGUCAUUGUAGAACAGAGAGCAAUAAACCACGCAUAAAAAACUUUCAGCAGAAACACAAGGAUGUCAUCAACUGAUCUCGGAGGCCAAGCUGCCGUCAUCACUGGCGGUGGUAAGAAUCUUGGUGCUUUGAUUGCGAAGACUCUCGCCAAGCAGGGAGUCAACGUUGCGAUCCAUUACAACUCGGCCAGUUCCAAGUCCGAGACAGAAGCUACAUUGAAGACACUCGGAUCGUAUGGGGUCAAAGCCGCUGCUUUCCAGGCCAAUCUUACCACUGAGGCAUCAGUUGAGAAACUCUUCUCAGACGCAGCAGCUGCUCUUGGAGUGUCCAAGUUCGAUAUCGCCAUCAAUACGGUCGGUAAGGUUCUUAAAAAGCCUAUCGUUGAAACAACAGAGCAAGGAUUCGACGACAUGUUCCUAGUCAACUCAAAGUGUGCCUUCUUUUUUAUCAAGCAUGCGGCCAAGAAUCUCAACGAGGGGGGCACGAUUAUAUCACUCGUGACUUCACUCCUUGGAGCAUUUGCGCCUGGUUAUUCAACUUAUCAAGGCAGUAAAGCUCCUGUAGAGUGGUUCACUAAGUCGGCUGCCAAGGAGCUUCAGCCUAAGAAUAUUAGGGUCAACUGUGUGGCUCCGGGGCCAAUGGACACUCCCUUCUUUUACGGGCAAGAGACUGAAGAUGCCGUUGCUUUCCAUAAAAGCCAGGCGCUCACAGGACGGCUCACAGAUAUUAAAGAUAUUGCACCAUUGGUGGAGUUCCUUUGCAAGGAUAAGUGGAUUACCGGACAAGUCAUCUUCUCAAAUGGAGGUUACACGACUCGCUGAUCACCAGAUAAGAUGAAGAAAGACCUAAGACAUUUUUGGAAAUGUUUCAGGUAGUCAUGUCUAAGUUUAGCGCUUUCCCAGUUCGAGAAAGAUGCAGGUGAAAUUGAAUGUGGCUAGCGGAAGCUCGGUCUUCAGGCCUUUUACGAUGUUUGAAAGUAAUGUUUGGAAGGCUAUGGCUGUAUCAAAGUGUCCCUUAUAGAGAGUUA